CAACUUUUGCUGGAACUUCUGCAAAAAACUCUGUGGCGCCUCCUUCUGCAAGAAACCCAGGAAUCACUUCAAAUUUGGCGACCUUGUAAUCACAGUGACUUCAGCUGCCCAAUCUGUCUCCAAACAGCUACUUUCCCAGUAGAAACCAACUGUGGACACCUAUUCUGUGGUCCCUGUCUAAUCACAUACUGGAAACACAGUCUCUGUUUAGGAGCUAUAACCUGCCCUCUCUGCAGACAAAAGGUGAUUCUUCUGGAUAACAUCUCCAGUGGAAAACAAGACAAUCCAACUAAACAAAUUGUACAUGACAUUAGAAAUUACAACAAGCGCUUCUCAGGGCAACCUCGACCUUUUGCAGAUUACUUUUACGACAUGCCAUUAUUCCUGACUCUUGUGUUACGAGGAAUCUUUACCUGGGAUGGUCUCGUAUGGAUUUUUUUCCUUAGAGUUGCUGUAUGCGCUUUAGGGGCAAUCAUUUGCUUACCUUCUCCAUUCGACACGAUGCCUGGACUUCUCUGCAGAAUACUUGGAGCAGCUGAUGACAUGGUGGUAGUUUUCCUUCUUCUAAUAUGCACAAUAAACAUUGGCCAGCAAAUUCUAUCAGACAGGGUAGAUAUGGCAAGGUCUGCAUCUCAAAGCAUGCUGUUUGAAUCCUGA